AUGGCUGCCGGGACUGGAGGCCGAAAGCACCUUUCGGCUGGCCUGUCCGAUCGCUCAGACUUGCUGGAGGAACAUGUCGGGAGUGGCAGCACUUCAGCCGGCUCUGGAAACGACGACGAAGCGAGGGGGAGGCCCAGUUUCAGCGACGACGACCUACACAGCGACGAAGAGACGGGAUUGAGCAGCAAGGAGCGCGCCCGGAGGCAGAAGAAGCGCCGGAAAAUCACCCAGCUGGGCCAGCGCAUUGCGCGCGACAAGAGCAUAUCGGCAGAAGAGCGCCACGAGGCAGACAAGGACGUUGUCAAGAAGCUGAUUAUCAACGUUGUCCUGAUCCUGCUAUGGUACUUUUUCUCUCUGUCAAUCUCGUUGUACAACAAGUGGAUGUUUGAUAGAGAUCGCCUCAACUUUGCUUUCCCCCUCUUUACCACAUCCAUGCACAUGCUCGUGCAAUUCAUCCUCUCAGCCCUCGUCCUCUUCUUCAUCCCUUCCCUGCGACCACAGCGAUCCCACACAUCCGACAUGGGCAGAUCUCGGCACGAGACGGAAGCAAGCUCGACCAUGUCCAAGUUCUUUUAUCUCACAAGGGUCGGGCCCUGCGGUGCUGCGACUGGGCUGGAUAUUGGGCUGGGAAACACAUCGCUCAAGUUCAUUAGCCUGACGUUUUACACCAUGUGCAAGUCCUCCUCUCUCGCAUUCGUUCUCCUUUUCGCAUUCGCCUUUGGCCUCGAGAAGCCCACCUGGCGCCUGGUUGCCAUCAUUGCAACCAUGACAAUGGGCGUCAUCCUCAUGGUGUUUGGCGAAGUCGAGUUCAAGCUCGGCGGCUUCCUCCUCGUCAUUUCAGCAGCCUUCUUCUCCGGCUUCCGCUGGGGCCUGACCCAGAUCCUGCUCCUCCGCAACCCCGCGACGUCGAACCCCUUUUCCAGCAUCUUCUUCCUUACGCCCGUCAUGUUCGUGACCUUGUUCUCCAUUGCCAUCCCGGUCGAAGGCUUCGGGCCCCUCUGGGAAGGCCUCAAGGCCAUCAGCGCCGAAUGGGGCACCUUUAUGACGCCCCUGUUUCUUCUGUUCCCAGGAUGCAUCGCCUUUUGCAUGACGGCAUCCGAGUUUGCCCUACUGCAGCGUACAUCCGUCGUCACGCUAUCAAUUGCCGGCAUUUUCAAGGAGGUCGUCACCAUCUCGGCCGCCUCCGUCGUCUUCAAGGACAAGCUCACUCUCGUCAACUUCAUCGGCCUCGUCACCACCAUGCUGGCCAUCAUUGCCUACAACUACGUCAAGAUCAGCAAGAUGCGUGAGGAGGCACAG